AUGGGUAAGAAAAGGCAAUCUAAGGAAAUUGAAUCCAAAAGGAAGCGUGCUCGUGAAGAGCUGGAUGCUGUUUUAGCGUCUGGAUCCGGAGUAUUCACUUCAAAGCAAGGAAGUCAAACUUCUGAAGAGCCUGUGGAUUGGGAAAAUGAAGAGCAAGAUUACGAAUUGAAGCCUCGUACUUCCAAGACUAAUAACAAUGUUAUGGAAGGGUUACCAAUUAAAAGAGCUGAUGGUAAGAUAGAAAGACGUGUAAGAGAAGAAGUUAAGAAGGAUGAUGAGGAAGAUGCUGUAGAUGCUGAAAUGGAAGAAAUUGAUAGACAAAUACAAGAAUUAAAGGACCAACAAGAGAAAGAAGAGCAAGAAGAACAAGAAAAAACAGAAGAGGAUCCCGAUUCUCACCUUUCUCCCCAAGAAAAGCUUUUUAAAUUAAAGGAAGAAAUAGCGGACCUUGCUUCAAGUUUGAUUGAAGAUCCAGAGUCGAACGUCUCUAACCUUACCAGGUUAAGAAAAAUGUCAUCCUCACAUAAUCCUGUAACGGCACAACUUUCGAUCAUGGCACUCAUUCCAGUGUUCAAAUCACUUGCCCCUUCAUAUAAGAUCAGACCAUUAACUGAUGCAGAAAAAAGAGAGAAGGUGUCUAAGGAAGUCGCUAAAAUGAGACAAUUUGAGCAACUUUUAGUGCAAAAUUAUACCGAGUAUGUUGAUAAUUUGGCUAAAUUGGCUAGAAUCUCCUUUACAAACUCUACGAACAAUAAGAAGAUUACAGCUGAUCAAGUUAGAAUGGGACAAUUGGCAACCAAAGCUGCAUGUGAAUUGUGUUUAUCAUCUUUACGUUAUUUCAACUAUAGAACUGAUGUCUUCAUUAUUAUUAUCCGUCGUCUUAAUAGGAAACCAUCUAACGUGGACGAUCUAAGCGUUUUCACUAAAUGUUUGAGAACUAUAGAAACUUUGUUAAAAGAUGACGAAGAGAAUGGUGACAUUUCUUUUGAAUUGGUGAGAAUUUUGUGCAAAUCUGUGAAGGACAAAAAGUUUAGAGUUGAUGAAUCUGUGAUUAAUAUUUUUCUUUCCUUAUCGGUAUUGCAUGACUACGAUCCUAAUUAUAAUAAAAAUGAUAAUACAAAACCCAAGUUGAAGAAGAAAGAUAGGGUCCAUAUAUCCAAAAAAGAGAGAAAGGCAAGAAAAGAAAGGAAAGAAAUAGACGAAGAAAUGAGAAAGGCUGAACAAGCUUUAACUGUGGAAGAAAGAGAGAAGUUCCAAGCCAAGAUAUUAAAGAUGUUGUUAACUUUAUACUUGGAAAUAUUGAAAUCUGGAUCUCACGGGGAAGCUUCUCAUUUGAUGGCCUCGGUGUUGGAAGGUCUUGCAAGAUUCGGUAAAAUGGCUAAUGUUGACUUAUUAGGUGACUUUUUGGAAGUCUUGAGAGAAAUCAUGACAGACAUCAUGGAUAAUCACUCCAUUUUUAAUGAAGAUGGUGAAGAAAAAGAAGCAGGAGUUGAUGAAGAUGAAGAAGAUGCGGGUAUGUUUGACGGAAGAAAUAUUCGUAAUGUGUUACUUUGUAUAGUAACUGCAUUUUCGUUGUUUACAAACCAUAGUUCUACAGGUAGAUUACCUAUGAGCAUAGACUUGACCAAGUUUGUAACCACAUUGUACAGAAUCUUGGCUGACUUAUCUCUUGAUUGUGAUUUGGAGCUUUCUCAUAAAUCAUUAAGAUUGGCAGAUCCAUUAUCAAUUCAUAGUUUAGAGGAGAAGCCUAAUGUGAAUGUAUCUACCAAGGCAGAAUUACUUUUGAGAUGUUUAGAUUACAUUUUCUUUAGAUCUAAAAAUGGAACCUUACCUAGAGCAACUUCAUUCGUUAAAAGGCUUUAUAUUUCAAUUCUCGAGAGUCCUGAAAAGACUUCACUUGCUUUAUUAAAGUUCAUUGGAAAAUUAACAACUAGAUAUGAUGAAGGUAUCCAAGGACUAUGGAAUACAGAAGAAAGAAUCAGUGGUGAAGGUAUUUACGUCUUGGGUACUGAGAAAAAUGUGAAGAGAGAAGUUGAACUUGAGCGUUGUAACUCUGGUGCAGCAACACUUUGGGAAACAGUAAUACUUGAUAAGCAUUAUUGUCCUAUGGUUAAAGACGGAGCUAGAUCGUUAAUGAAGAAUAGUAAGCCUAAAAGUACUUAG